UUAAGACCAGUUCAUGGUCCAUUUCCCAUUUGCUAUUAGAAAACCACAACCACUCCAAGAAACCCACGCCAAAAUGAUAGAAGACAGACCUCGAGGCGGGGCACCUCAUGGAAUCAUACUAGCAGUAGUAGUAUGCACGGUGGUGCUGGCUCCAUUCCUGCUCGGUGACCAAGGUGAGGCCAUAACUGAGGCCAUCACCGAGCUCUUAAGCCCUGUGGGUCUCCUCCUCCUCCCCAUUAUCCUUCUCUUGAUCAUCCAGUUCCUCUCCUCCGAUCGCGGCUCUUUUGUCUCCACCAUCUUCUCUACUGGCGAACCUGACACCAUUCACCGAGUCAGUGGCUCACCUGUCGGCGUAGCGCUCUUUCUGGUUCUGAUCUUGUUCUUGCUUUACAAUCGCAUGUCCAUCUUCGGUGGCGACGAUGAUUCCGGCGAUUAACUGCUGGCUUGCAUGGAUCUGGGCGGCUGGGCCUAGUCUUUUUAUCUUCUUCCUUUUUUUU